CUGCACCCCAUUAAGCAAAUCGACAAGACCCUCCAGGGGACCCACUGUAAUUGAGGUUUACCCAAAAAAAAAGUUUUGGAGACUCGGUCAAGCUAACCAUCACCAACUAACAUCCAAGUAAACAGCCCUCGACCGUCAACAUGAGGAUCGAGACAUGUUAUUUCUGUUCGCGACCGGCGUAUCCGUCAAAGGGCAUCACAUUCGUCCGCAAUGAUGGAAAGCAAUUUCGAUUCUGCCGCUCUAAGUGCCACAAGAACUUCAAAAUGAAGAGAAAUCCGCGCAAGUUGCAGUGGACAAAGGCGUUCAGAAAGGCAGCUGGCAAAGAGAUGACUGUCGACUCUACGCUCCAGUUUGCUGCGCGCCGCAAUAUUCCUACCCGCUACAACCGCGACCUCACCCAAAAGGUGCUCAAGGCUAUGGAGCGUAUUUCCGAGAUUCGCCAGAAGCGGGAACGCGUUUUCUACAAGAAGCGCAUGGCUGGCCGCCGGGCCCGCGAGUUGGCCGACGCCCGCAAGCUCGUCCAAACUCACAGCCACCUCCUACCACGUAUGCGGGGAAGCGAGAAGCGCAAGCUGGCUCUGGAGGGCAUGGCCCAGGAGGAGAUCCAGAGACUGGAGCAAGAGCAUGUGUUGCCCGUCGAGACGAAGAAGGUGUUUGGCAAGGAGAAGCUGCGCCAGCGUGUCAGAACCGAUGGAGCUGUCGAUGUGGUACCGGGCGAUAUGGACAUAGACUCGGAGUGAAAGAUGCCAGUGCCUUGAAAAGAAAAGGGAAGAACGUGAUAAAUGCGCCGGCUAGGCAAAACAAGCUGACACUGAUGAUGGCGUUGCAGGGUUUGUGUUUCGGCUUCUGCAUUUCCUGGCGUUGGGAGUCUGCAGACGUCUGGUUGAAAGGUCAUAUAUGGCCAAU